AUGUCAGCCAGCGACACGAUUUAUAGUUUCUUUUUCCUAAGUCAGAUCUUUAUUGGUGUGGUGGCAAACUCACUGGUCUUCCUGAUAUAUGCGUACAUCUUCCUGAUCGAGCCACACCUGAAGAAGCCCAUGGAUGUGAUGUGCAUGCACCUGACAGUUGUCAAUACCGUAACUAUUGUCCUUUCCAUCUGCAGAGCGUGUGUCAGUCCCAGUCAUUCUAGAUGGGCGUGGCUGAAGUCUCAGCUGUCUCAGUGGAUUUUACCUUCUUUGCUUUCCUUCUGGGUCAUCAACAUGCUGAUCUACAUUCACAUUAUUGAAAGCGUGAGAGCAAAAUCAAACUCCACUCUUGGCAGUGGGCGUUAUGUUCAGGCAUACUGUGAGAACACUAAGGGUGAAGAAUACAAGUCAAGAUUAUUUUUAAGUGCCAUGAUGAUGCAUGACCUUGUGUGUAUGGUGCCCAUGGUCGGGAGCAGCCUCUACAUGGUGCUCAUCCUCUACAGACACCGCAGGAGAGCCCGGCACAUCCACAGCCUCACUCACUCUUCUCAGUCAUCUGCAGAAAACAAAGCCACCCGCACUAUCCUCCUGCUGGUGCUGUGCUUCGUGGUAUUUUAUGUUGCCAACAACUCUUUGAUGUUUUAUGGGUUACACAACUCUGGGAAAAACAUAAGAUUGGAGGGUAUUAAUGGAAUUUUAUCAUCAUGUUACCGCACAUUCUGCCCCUUUUUGUUGAUAAAGCACAAUAAGAUCUUUGUCGAACUGAUUUCCUCCAUUUCAAAGAUAAGAAUGAAAUUUUCCUAA